AUGGUGCUUUUUUUUUCUACUGCUGGUGCAACUGUAGGAACUAAUGUAGGAACUACUGCUGGUGCUACUGUAGGAACUACUGCUGGUGCAACUGUAGGAACUACUGUAGGAACUACUGCUGGUGCUACUGUAGGAACUACUGCUGGUGCUACUGUAGGAACUGCUGCUGGUGCAACUGUAGGAACUAAUGUAGGAACUACUGCUGGUGCUGAUGUAGGAACUACUGCUGGUGCAACUGUAGGAACUACUGUAGGAACUACUGCUGAUGCUACUGUAGGAACUACUGCUGGUGCUACUGUAGGAACUACUGCUGGUGCAACUGUAGGAACUAAUGUAGGAACUACUGCUGGUGCUAUUGUAGGAACUACUGCUGGUGCAACUGUAGGAACUAGUGUAGGAACUACUGCUGGUGCUACUGUAGGAACUACUGCUGGUGCUUCUGUAGGAACUACUGUAGGAACUACUGCUGGUGCUACUGUGGACGCCGUGGACGGGGACGCCGGUGAACACGGCAAGCUGAUGUACCGUCUGUCUGGUGACGGAGUUCACGAGGACCAGCACCUGUCUUAUUUCUCUGUUGAUGCGCAUACUGGAGAACUGAGACUGCUGAGACCUCUAGAUCGGGAUCCUCCUGAAGGUAGGUCUCAGUGGCGCCUCCAGGUGAGUGCUACUGACGGAGGCGUGGAGGUGACCACUGUGGUCCACGUCAAUCUCAAAGACAUCAACGACAACGCUCCCUUCUUUCCCCAGGCCACGCUCAAUGCUCAGGUUCAAGAGAACUCUCUCCCAGCACCAAUCCAUCACCACAAUAUUGGUCAUUACAAAGAUCACCCAGCCCAUGUUCACCCACAACGAGGAUCAACGAAUAUAACCGAACUCUCCCUCUCGGAUAAUUCCUGUACAGGUACGGUGGUAGUGGAGGUGGAGGACGUGAAUGACUCUCCUCCCAGGUUCUCCAAAGAGGAGUGGAGGCUGGAGGUAUCAGAGAGUCUUACUCCAGAUCUGCCUCUGGCCUCCCUCUCGGUCCACGACCUUGACCUCCACAACAACUUCGUUUUCAGGGUGGUACCGGAAAGUGGGCGUGGGUGGCAGUUGUUCAGGGUGGACGUGGGCGGCACCGUGGGUGAGCUGUGGGCUCAAGAGCCUCUGGAUUACGAGAAUCUGGAACACAGGAGGGGAUUCCAAUUCCAAGUACAAGUCACUGAUAAGGGUGUGGAAGGGUGGAGGAACCCUGCCAACGUGGACACUAGCUGGGUGUUCCUGAAGCUGAAGGAUGCCAAUGACAACACUCCCACCUUCAGUAAUAGUUAUGCCCACGUCACCCUGGGGGAGGAGGCUGCCCCUGGAACACUCCUGGCUACCUUCCCUGCUACUGACACUGACGGGGGAGGUGAGUGCCAGGUAAAGUAUCAGAUAGCCCAGCAGAGUGACCCUCAGGGGCGGUUCAGUGUCAACGAGUCUGGUGCGGUCCACCUGGCUCGGAAUUUGGACCGGGAGAAUGCUAGCAGCCACACCGUGCAGGUCCUGGCCCUGGACGACGGUGUACCACAGCGGACCGCAACCGCAGUGCUUACAGUAAACGUGACCGACGUGAACGACAACCCUCCGUUCAUCUCCGAGCCGCGGGAGGUAUGGGUCCAAGAGAACGGCGGUGCCCAGGUGGUGGCCCGGGUCCACCUGGACGACCCUGACGACUGGGAGAGGGGGCACGGACCCCCGUUCACCAUCAGCCUCCACCCACACGUUCCCCGCCACAUUAGAGAGGCCGUUAAGGUGGAGUUUGAUGAACGAGGAGACGGUGGCCGGGGGACUGGUGUGGUCUCCACGUUAGGGUCGCUGGACCGGGAGACUGUCCCGGUACUGCUGGUACCGCUGCUGGUGGGUGACGCUGGCUCCGUCACCACCUCCGUCACCCUCACCAUCCACGUGGAUGACCUCAAUGACAACCCUAUGUCACCUGCCUCACGACACAUCCAGGCCAAUGUUCUGCAGCCCCAGGUGGAUGCUGUGCCCCUGGGCAGGGUAUACGUGAAGGAUGCGGAUGAGGAGGAUGCAUCAUCCAAGACCUACAGAUGGAUGAUCUCACAGCAUCCCUCUUUCUCCCUGGAUUCCUCUACAGGGAGUCUGGCCCUGAUGCCAGGCACCAGAGACGGCAGAUACGAGCUGGCUUUCUUGGUGAGCGAUGUCAGCCAAGGUCAGCAGGAUGUCAGCGCCAACGUCACAGUCCAAGUGAAGUCAGUGCAACAUCGUGACCUCCAGGAAGCCAUCCCACUCACUCUGGAGGCCGACCCACUCAGAGUGGUGAAGGAGCAGGAGCCGUCUUCAGUGUUGAGUCAGCUGGUGGGUGUGGUGCGGGCGUGGGUGAAGGAGAGAGAGGGUGAGGAGGAAGGCAGGGAAGGCAGAGGAGAACCAGUUAGAAGGAAAGUGGUUAGAGAGGAAGGAAGGAAGAGAAAGCAAGGGGACAUGGGUGAAAGAGAGAGAAAGAGAAGACGUUUGACCCUGGAGGGAAGAAGAGAGGUUGGCACUGGCGUGGGGGAGGAAAGAAGGGAUUCUGUGGGCGUGGACGGCGUGGGCGUGAGAGUGGUAUCCGUACAAGAACUGGAAACCACCUCAUCCACCUUCUUAACCCGCGUGUGGAUCACAUCUCCUGCCGAUGCUAAUCUCGACCUUCUGCUGCUACGUCGCAAGGAACAGCUGAGCCAUGCAAUUGGAGUGAGAGUGGUUGAUGUGGGCGUAGGAGUAUGUACGGAGAUAGGUCUUGAGACCGUGGAGAGGCAUGUCUCUGUGAGGAAUGCCUCUCACUCCUCUACCACUGAUGAUAGAAGAAGCUCUACCUACUCCAGUUCUGCUAUGCCAAGUACUCCAGUAACGAGCCAGAUAGCUACUCCAGGUACUAGCCACCAGCCUGCUACCGAGUCUACUCCAGGACCCAACGCAGAGCCUGCUAGUACCGCUGGUACACUAGCCAGGUACAGCGUGGUGGAGGCUGGAGGUACAGCAGUGGUAGGACCCAGAGUUGACCUCAUCAACCUCUGUAGCUGCCACAGGGUUGACAAGGCCCCUGAGAGAACCCACCACAAGCCAUGCCCCCAUCACACUUGCAACCAACACACCUGUCCUCAACACACCUGCGUUCAACACACCUGCAGGCCUCACACCUGUCUCAAUGGGGGUCGCUGUCUACCCACUCCCACAGGAUACAAAUGCAUCUGUCCACACGGUGCUGAUGGGUCUCGAUGUAAAAUCCUUAGCAGACACUUCGAGGGUCUUGGAGACCCAAAGACCUCCGAAAGAAGAGCCUCCGGCAGUAGGUCUCCUGCAGAGGGUGGCUGGGCCUGGCUACCGCCCCUCCCUCCCUGCCAACACCUCCACCUCAGUCUGGAGUUCCUGACAAACUCUAGGGACGCUACUCUCCUGUAUUCAGGUCCUGGUGAGGCCUCCAGGUACCCUGCAGGGGAGGGAAGGGACAUGCUGGCCCUUGAACUGCGAGAUGGGCGUCCCUGGCUUCUCCUGGACUUAGGUGCUGGUCCAGUGGUCCUCACUAUCAAUGCCACCUAUGAGGUGACUGACUCCAGGUGGCACAGACUCGACCUCACCUGGAAGGAGAAGUGGGUGGAGCUCAUCCUAGACCUGUGUGUGGGCGGCAGCAUAGACGACCCACCCACACCCACAACCACCCCCACGCCCACCCACGACGACAGCUCACCCACGGCCACGCCCACACACACCCACACCUGCAGAGGCGUCUCUUACCUACCCCAGGGAACCAAGGUGCUUAACACUGGCCACCCCUUACAAAUGGGCGGCUUGGCACACCCGCCCCCCGCCCACACCCACGCCGCCCACACCCACGCCCGGACUCCUGCCCUCGUAGCUCGACCGUUCAGAGGAUGUAUCAGGAACCUGAGGAUAAACAGAGUGCUGGCGGACUUGGGUACUCGACUCUCAUCUUACAAGAGCAGUCCUGGGUGUGCAAUUGCAUCUUGCGCCUCUACUGCCCUCUCCUGCGGCCUGCACGGCAGGUGCCAAGGAUCGCCGGGAUCACUAAGGUGUGAGUGCCAGUCAGGAUGGACGGGGCCAGGAUGUGCCAUACCUACUAAACCAGCAUCCUUCCAGCCCAACAGCUAUGUUAAGUUGGCACUCUCCUUCACACCUCUGGCCUACACCACCACCAUCAGCCUCAGGUUUCGUACACGUCGACGGGCAGGACAGCUACUCGUGAUGUCAUCUGAAGCAGCAGGAGGAAGAGCAGGAGGAGAAGGAGGAGGAGGAGGAGGAGUAGGAGUACGAGAAAUAGGAGGAAGAAGAAGAGACAAAGAUGGAGAACAAGGAGAACAACUAACACUUCACCUGUCUGAGGGAAGGUUAUGUGUAAAUCUUCACCUACAAUCCCACCUAUCCCAACACCAUCCCUUCCCCAACCACCUUCCCCUAUCCUCUUCAGCCUCCUCUUCCUCCUCCUCUUCCUCCUCCUCCUCCUCUUCCUCCUUCUCCUCCUCUUCCUCCUCCUCUUCUUCCACACUCUGCCUCACCCGUGUUCUUCUCUCAGACGGUCGCUGGCACCACGCAGCCGUGUCCAGGUACGGUGGAGCUGUGGUGUUGAGUGCUGACGAAGGUGAUGGUGACCUUUACAAUAGCUCCCUGACCUGGCUGAGGUCACCUGAAGGCUCAGGUCUCCUGCAGGUGGACGCUGAAGGUGUACUGGUGGGAGGAGCACCUCAACACCUGACUCUCAGAGCCUUCACAGUACACCGUGACUACUUUGAUGGUUGUCUGGACGACCUACGUAUCUCUGGCAGGAGUGUCCCCCUUCCCCCAGCGAUGAACACCACCAGCUGGGGAGAUGUCAGGGGAUUUCAGGGGGUGGAGAGUGGGUGUACAGGACCACCUGCUUGCUCCAACGUCACUUGCAGUCCUCCACUCACCUGCGUGGAUACCUGGAGAAGUUACCACUGCGGGUGUGAGGGAGGACGCGUUCUAGACAGCAGUGGAGCGACGUGUGUGGAGGCGGACGAGUGCUUCUGGAGGCCUUGUCUAAAUGCUGGUUCCUGCUACAACACACACCCAGGGUAUAUGUGCGCCUGCCCAGUGGGGUUCAGUGGCCAACACUGCCAGGUGCCCGAGGUAGGAGAGCCCUCAUUGAACCUCUCUUUGGGGGCGCUGCUGGCGAUCGUCGUCUGGUGUACGUUCCUCCUGCUGUUGGUGGGCGCCUUCCUUCUGCACCAACACCGUCGUUCCUCCCUCAGGAGAGGGGAAGGUGAAGUAAAGGGAUGCACCCCUCACCCACUGAGGGGACACUCUGUGGCCACUCACUGCACACCCACGCCCACGCCCAACCUGCUGGAGAUGAAGAUGGAGCGGCCUCCAAGAGCCAAUGAUCAGCCAGCCUGGAUCAGGAACCCUAACAUUGCAGAUGUAGACGUGCUACAAGUAGACGCUGCCUCCGUCACCAGCAGUAUGGAGGACCAGAAGCGCUGCAGCGCAUCCUUCAGCACCUCCGGCGGGGCGCUGCACGCUGACGGAGGGCUGCUGGAGGUGUGCAUGAGUGGAGGCUCCGGAGAGGGUAACUGCAUCGGGGUGGAUGACGGUGGAGGGUGUCGGCGUGGAGGAGGAGUGGAGGAUGGAAGUGGGAAACGUGGAGGAGGAGGAGGAGGAGGAGGACGAGGAGGAGGAGGUUGCUCGCCGGCAGGAGAUGACCUGAGGAAUUAUGCCUACGAGGGCGAAGGUUCCUCUCCUGGAUCACUGUCUUCAUGUCUGGAGAGCUGUAGCGGAAGCACUAAGCUUAUGGACGGGUUCCGUGAGGUGGCUCACCUACUGGAAUCCUGGGACCCCACCAACAGCCAAUCAGUAUCCUCCUCCACCAAAACAAACCUCAAGCGCGACACCUCUCUACCAAUCACCAACAUCCUCUGUGACGUCCAUGCCGCCAUUGGCCCACAGAGCAAGCAGAAUCAGCCAAUCAGAGAGCAGCAUCGCAACUCAGAUCCUCUCGAUACCUCAAUCCCACUGCCCAUUCCAGACCCUUCAUGUGCCUUUAUGAAUUAA